AUGGGACAGGCCCUGUCCGGCCACAACAACGGUCCGGGGACCAGGACACGCGAGGAGCUGAGGAGGGAGCUGGCCAGCAAGUUUGCCACCAAGUGCUUCACGUCCAUUGAGCUGUACUCGCUCAAGGACAACUUCAAGAGCCUUGCCGACGUCCAGCGGGAGCCUGGGGGCACACCGCACCUCUACGUCUCAGAGACAACUAUUGUGAGGUUCCUGGAAAUUCCCGAUGUCCUUGAUGUGUCACCCGUGAUCGGGAAAAUGGUGUCCUUUAUCGGCGCCUUUCCCUUUCUUCAGGACGCACCCGCAAUCAUGGGGCUUGACGCCCUUGUGAACACCGUCAUUAUUCUCACCGAGCGAUACCAGCGGCUCCUAUCAAAGGGUUCCACCGACAGGAGGAAGCUGCUUUUCAAGAGCUUGGCUGUGUACGAUCGGAAGCUGUUGCAGCCGCAUGACGGCCAGGACGGCGCCCACGACAAUACUCCCGCGCCAGGUGCGGCCAACGAGGACGAGCCGGACGACGAUGACGGACUGGUGAUAUCCACACUCGAACUACUGGACUGCGUCGAGGCAUACGAGGACGCGGGCCCGCCAACGACUCACGAAGCCAUAAUCCCGGCCGAUAACUUCAGAAAGCUAAUCAUGCUGCUUUUGCUCGUGGCACCCAUGGAUCCUCAAGAGAAACUCUCCCAGUACGCAGAACGUACCACGGGAGCUGAGCUCGAAAGCCUGCGGUCUGCAGCUGAAAGCAUCCUUGCGGCAUUCCUAAACGUCGAGAAGUCCCCGGGCAUCAGGUCCAGGGCAUUUGAUAUCGUGCUGCCGGUUGCGCUUCCGUUCUUGUUCCAAGGCUUCAACGCCCUCUUUGGGCGCUUGCUCUUCUCCAAGAACCUCGAGUUCGACAAGCAGAGAGGGCCUGGCGCCCACGAAGACGGGCCCUCCCCACCUGUCGCUGCCCCGCUGCUUCAGGAGAAAGCAUCCAUCAUGAACUCGACCGUCCUUUCCCAGCUCUCCUUCUUCAUCCCAGGCUCUUCUCUGUUUCGUCGGCUGCGGAUGUUGUACUCGGGCGAACAUGAUGGUUUCUCUAUGGGCUCCUUUGAAACCAAGGUGUUCAAUUGGCGCGCGCCCACGAUUUUGCUCGUGCGAGGCAGCAGGAUUGCAGACUGCUCUGGUGGCAGCGAAGAGCGGUUUGCAGCCUCGCUUCCGCCAAAGCGUUUCCCGGACGGCUCCCAGUCAAGUAGGCUCACCUACGGCCUGUACGUGUCUCAGCCGUGGCGUCACUCACACAAGGAAUGCUUUGGCGACUCGGACACCAUCUUGUUCCAGCUCGAGCCCAUCCACGAUGUGUUCCCUGCCAGCGCUCUGAACAGGGACUAUGUCUCGUUCACAAAGCCGGGCAUUGGUUCGACUAACACAGGCAUUGCGGUCGGGAAUCCACUGCCCGCAUCCUCGUCCUCAUAUCGGAGACAGAGCGUUACCCAUCUCGGCUCGGUCGCCCUCCUUCUUGAUUCGAGCUUUGAGUUUGGCCUGUUCACACAUGACAAUUCCUCGAAGGGUGGUGCCUUUCAGGGCAGUGUUUCUCGCCAGUUCGACUUCCAGGAUCGAUUUGAGAUUGAAAGUCUCGAGGUCUGGGGCUGCGGAGGUGAUGAGGAGGCCAAAGUCCAGGCUGAGCGAUGGGCAUUUAAAGCCCGAGAGGCGGAGGCCAGGAGGCGCAUCAAUCUUGGGACAGGAGACAUUGAAGCAGACAGAGCCCUGCUCGAAAUGGCAGGCUUAGUUGGAGGAAAUAGAAGCGGUGGUUCAAUAAUGUAA